AUGCAACGUUUUAUAUUUACCAGAAAAACAACAAAUACAAUAGCACCAUUUGUUGAUAUUGAGAAAGGGAUUGGUGGAGGUGAAGAUGAAAAAACAACAACAGAGAAUGACAACAAAGGAGUUAAAUCAAAAUUUUAUAAUGAAAAUUGUUUUAAAUUUAAGAGAAAAUCCCUUCGGAUACUUCAAAAUGUGGCAACUUUGUUGGAAGAUUGGUUACUUCUUGCAUUAUUGGGAAUUCUUGUAGCUUUGUGUUCUUUAAUUAUGGAUAUGGCUAUUGAAUACUUGCAAACAUGGCACGUUUUCUUCAUAGAAAUUGUUCGAAAAAACACUCAGGGACAUUUAAACCUCAUUUCUACUUACUCUGUUUGGGCAGGUUAUAUGCUUAUAUUGGUUUUGGCUUCAGCUUUUUUUACAAUACUUCGAGGUGUUAUUCUCAAAGAAUUUUUGACUUUGAAAACGCUUUUGUCUAAAAUGGUUGGAUUAACGCUUUCUUUGGGUAGCGGGUUGCCUAUUGGAAAGGAGGGACCAUUUGUUCAUAUCGCCUCAGUUGUCGCUAACCAAUUAAGUCAUUGUGUCCAUUCAAUUAAAGGUGCUUAUUCGAACGAAUCGAGAAGUUUUGAGAUGCUUGCGGCUGCGUGUGCAGUGGGGGUUAGUUCAACAUUUUCUGCUCCUGUUGGAGGUGUGUUAUUCUCAAUUGAAGUCACAGCAGCCUAUUUUGCAGUAAGAAAUUAUUGGAGAGGCUUUUUUGCUGCAACCUGCUCGACUGUACUUUUUCGAAUACUUAGAGUGCUUUUAGUUGAAACUGAAGUUACCGUUACUGCCUUCUAUCAAACUCAAUUUCCUAGAGAUGCGUUUUUGCCGGAAGAAUUGCCUAUAUUUUCUAUUGUUGGUGUUAUUUGUGGUUUUGUUUCAGCAGCAUUUAUUUUUCUACAAAGGCGUUGUGUUAUUUUUCUUAGAUAUAAUUCAAUUUCAAAAUUUUUUCUUCAUAAACAUUGGUCAAUAUAUCCAAUACUUAUUGCAUUAAUUAUUGGGUCUAUAACCUACCCUCAAGGAUUUGGACAAUUUUUGGGAGGAGAGGAUUUUUUUGCUGACUGCACUUUUUCACUUCCCAACAACAGUAAUCGUGCUUGUCCGGAACAAUUAAUUUCUUCAUGGUCGAGGGAAGACUAUUACACUCAUUUUACGACGUUGCCCAUAUUUAUUGGAGUUUAUGCUUCACUGUAUCCAAGCGGUCUUCGAGGUCCGAACGACCUGCAAAUAUUCCCUGGUGUUUAUGCAAUAGUUGGGUCGGCAGCUUUAACUGGAGGAGUGACUCACACAGUUUCCGUGGCAGUUAUUGUGUUUGAACUGACUGGACAACUUUUACAUAUUUUGCCUGUUAUGAUUGCUGUAUUAAUCGCCAACGCAAUUUGCUCCAAUUUACAACCUUCCAUUUAUGAUUCUGCCAUUAAAUUGAAACAAUUGCCAUAUUUACCUGAUAUUCCCCAAACCUCUUCCCGUUUUCAUGGAAUUUUAGUCGAACAAUUUAUGACUUGUGAUAUAAAAUUUCUUUCAAAUGAAACAACAUAUGCUGAAAUGCAAGAAGUUUUGUUUGAUAACCCGAGACUUAAAGCUUUUCCUAUUGUAGAGAAUGAAGAAACACGAAUAUUAAUUGGUUCUUGUAGUCGUUCCCGACUUAUUAGAAUAUUAAAUAAUCAUGUUGGCCCAAUUACUAGAAAACAGGAAGCAAUAAAAAGAAUAAAUACAAUUGAUAGAAGAAAGAAUUCCCAAACAACAACAAAAAAAGAAUCUUUAAUUUUGUCGCCUUCUUCAAAUAUUCCUCUCUUAAAAUUUUUAGAACCUCCAAAAGAACAAAAACAUUCAAUUAUGGAAUUUGAUAAAAUAACAAAAACAAAAUCUGAAAGUUUAAUUGAAGGUAAGGAAGAGGAGGAGGAAAAUGUUAAUAAUAAAAAUAAUAUUCUCCAACAAAAACAAAGUUUGCAGCAACUAUAUUUAAAAUGUUUAAAUAGACCGUCAAUGUCUGUUAAACGUUCAUUAACUAUUCCUGCAAGUUUAAGUCAUUCUUCUAGUUCUAGUGAUGUUUAUAGUACUAUUGGAGAUAUGAUUAGAACAUUGUCAAGGUUUAGUCAAAGAUUUAGACGUGGAGUUGACCAAAAUGGUGAGAUUGACUUGAUGGGAGAUGAGAGAACAAUUUGGGAACAGGAACAAUUGGCUAAACGAGUUGAUUUUCGUUCUAUUGGAAUUGACCCGGCCCCCUUCCAAUUAGUAGAAGAAACUUCACUUUUCAAAGUCCACUCAUUAUUUUCAAUGUUGGGAUUAAAUCGGGCUUAUGUCACAAAAUGUGGUCGUUUGGUUGGUGUUGUUGCUUUGAGGGAUUUGAGACUGGCUGUAGAAUUAAUUCAAUCAGGAGAUUUAAUAGCUCGGAAACCUUCAUUAAUUUCAAAUGAAAGUAGUGAAGAAGGAGAGGAAAAUUUAAGCAAAACAUUUAUUUCAAAUUUAGAAGAGGUUUUUGUUUUAAUUUUUUGUAGGGAAGGCGGGAGAGGGACGGGAGGAUUUUUGAAAAAAAUUUUGGAGGGAAUUAUGGGGUUUGUGGGAACUGUUGGUGUAUUGGAAUGCCCAGACAAAAAUGAUUUUCAACCUAAAAAUGAAAUAACAAACAACGAAGGUAUUAAAUUGCAAACACAAAAAGAAGUUGUUGGUAGAACUACAAAAGAAAUAAAGAAUAAUGAAAAUAAUGUUCCCAUUUUUGUAAUUUCAACAAGUGAAGAUGAAAAAUCAAAUGAAGAAUUAAAAGAAGAACAAGAAGCUUUUGUGGCUAGGCAAGUUUUUUAUUUUUAA